UGUGUCCCUUCGGAGUACCCGUAUUUUAACAUCGCAUUUCCGCCGUGGGCUGCGUCUUGUGUUUGCGUUCACCCUGACAUUGACUGUGAAGAUCAUUAACGCCUUUUUUGAUAAUAGAGGAGCGUCACCAUGGUUACGGCAAAGAGGCUGGCGGACGUGGGGUACCGCGUGUUCUCGGGCUCCAUGAUGCUGCUGACGGUCUAUGGCGGCUACCUGUGUGUUCUGCGAGGAUACCGCUACAUGCAGAAGGAAAAGGCGCUCCGUUCCGCGGCAGAGAACCAGACGGAAUCGGACUGAGACGCCCAACGUCGACCUGCACAAUCUGUGUAAAUGUAUUAUUAUUUUUUUUUUUGCAUGUUUUUACUUUGCCUCUGUAAAGGUAGAGUCAGACAUGAACUCUCUUGGGCAAAUAUCGAGAAGUAAAGAGUGAAGCCGUUUGUACAAUAGCCAAGCUCUCAGGAUCUUUGUGAAGAUGUACCAGUAACCAUGGACUUCAGUGGAUGUUCAAAAUGAGUGUAUAGCAGGAGAGCAUAAGGACCUAAAUAAAAUUAGAUUGAUAAAGGUG